GGAGCAGUGAGCGGUCACUGGAGGAGAUGUCAUUCGGUCGACUCCUGCGACGUGCAUCCUCCAAAGCCUCUGACCUUUUGACGUUUAACUUGGGCACGGGAGGAUCACGGACCGUGCUGGAUGGAGAGAUCAUCUUCUCCAAGAACAAUGUGUGUGUUCACCCGGCCGAGCCCCUGCCCGGACUGCCUGAACAUCACCCAGGAUACCUUUGUGUGCACCUGGAGAAAGAUGAGACCCUCGGGUCCACCCUCAUCCUCACCUGGGUGCCCAACUCUCGCAUCCAGCGGCAGGACGAGGAGGCACUCCGUUACAUCACGCCUGAAAGCUCACCCGUCCGCCGCAACCCCCGUCGCCGAGCCCACCGGAGCCACUCUCGCCCGCCGCCCGCCCCCGAGGAAGAGGAGGAUGAAGAGGGGCCAGAGCCGGCCCUGCAGAACCAGCAACUUUUGGAAGAGGGCGAUGAAGGCUCCUGCGAGCUCUCUGCGGACGAGGUGAGUCGGGACAGCACCCUCGGCUCAGACUCGGACACCUUCUCCUCGCCCUUCUGCCUGUCACCGGUCAGCGAGGCUCUGGGCGAGAGCAGCAGCUCUGUCUUCCUGGAUAAUGAGAGCAGGGAGGGCGAUGAACCCAUGGCUCACUCUGCAAGCUCCGCCUCCAGCCUGGACAGCCACGCCCCCUCCGAAAGCAGCCAAUCACAGGGAGUUCGGUGGGAGGAGCAGCAGAAGGUCAUGGCAUUAGAGCAAUUAUGUGGGGUGUUCAGAGUUGACCUGGGCCACAUGAGGUCACUGCGUCUCUUCUUCAGCGAUGAAGCCUGCACCUGUGGCCAGCUGGUCAUCGCCAGCAGAGAGAGCCAGUACAAGAUCCUUCACUUCCACCACACAGGGCUGGAUAAACUGGCCGAGGUGUUUCAGCAGUGGAAAUGCUGCAGGGAGACUCAGCUCAAAGACCAGGUGUCAGAUGAGAAGUCAUGUAUGCAGUUUUCUAUCCGUAGACCCACGUUUCCGUCUGCAGAGAUGCACCCAGAGGAGCGUCUGUAUCGGCGGGUGGACGUCAGCUCUUGGCUUCGGCAUCUCAACAACAACGGACAGGUGGUGGAGGAGUACAAGCUCAGGAAGGCGAUCUUCUUCGGGGGCAUCGACCUAUCCAUCCGUGGUGAAGUGUGGCCCUUCCUGCUGCACUACUACAUCUGUGAAUCCACCUCUGAGGAGCGUGAAGCCUGGAGACUGCAGAAGCGUGUGGAGUACCAGGAGAUCCAGCAGAGGAGGUUGUCCAUGAGUCCAGAGCAGCACAGUGAGUUCUGGAGGAAGGUCCAGUUCACUGUUGAUAAAGAUGUUGUCAGAACUGACCGAAGCAACAUGUUCUUUAGAGGAGAGAACAACCCCAAUGUAGAAAUCAUGAGACGUAUCCUACUGAACUACGCCGUGUUUAACCCAGACAUGGGCUACUGUCAGGGCAUGUCAGACCUGGUGGCUCCUCUUCUGAACGAGAUCCAGGAUGAGAGCGACACGUUCUGGUGCUUCGUGGGUCUCAUGGAGAACACCAUCUUCAUCAGCUCUCCUAGAGAUGAGGAUAUGGAGAGGCAGCUGAUGUACCUGAGGGAGCUCUUGCGGCUGAUGCUGCCUCGCUUCCACCAGCAUCUAACCCGGCUGGGUGAGGACGGCCUUCAGUUGCUGUUUUGCCACCGUUGGGUUCUUCUGUGUUUCAAGCGCGAGUUCCCUGAUGCUGAAGCCCUGCGCAUGUGGGAGGCCUGCUGGGCACAUUAUCAGACGGACUACUUCCACCUGUUCCUGUGUGUCGCUAUCAUCGUGCUGUACGGCGAGGAUGUCACAGAGCAGCAGCUCGCUACAGAUCAAAUGCUGCUGCACUUUAGUAACCUCUCCAUGCACAUGAAUGGAGAGCUGGUGCUGAGGAAGGCACGUAGCCUGCUCUACCAGUUCCGCCUUCUUCCCAGAAUUCCCUGCAGCUUACACGACCUGUGUAAACUGUGCGGGCCAGGAAUGUGGGAUAGCCGAUACAUCCCGGCCAUAGAAUGUUCCGGAGAGCAUCCCGACUCUCAGAGCUGCCCCUAUGGAGGCACCGCCACUCCCGAGAGCCCACCUUUACCCAGCCCCAACCAGCCCAACGAGGGCAAGAGGGGCUCCAAGACACGAGACAUUUUCACUUUCCGCAAGCACUCCUGACUCGAGCACGCCUCAGGAACGCCAGUACCCAUAAGGCUUAGCCUCUGAGCCGGUCUCCAUUGUGUUUUACUCAGCAUCUGGUAUGAAUCACUGCCUUGUGCAUAAAUGGUACCAAUGUUGACAACCUCUUUUGGAGGUUGAGGAAC